CCUGGGUCAGUGCAUCUGUGACACCAGAAAGGGGGCUGGGUCAUGGGACAGCAUAGACCCAUGAAAUAUGUUUAUGAUAUUUCAUGUGUGCAGCGAUAUCUGAAUAGUAAGCUCUUUAGCUCUUUUCGUAGUCUCAUUUUAUUAAUAUAUAUUAUAACCAACUCUAUUUGCAUUACAAUGGACAUGACUAUGUCUGUGGUCCAUUCCAAAAAGGUGUCCACAUUUAUAGGCAGUGCUACCCUGGGCCACCACUCUAGUCUGCUCUCCAGCAUUCCUGUGCCAUUCGCCUGCUUUCUUCUGCUGUGGGGGCAGUUGCAGUCUAUUUUCUCAGCCAGUGUUUCCCAAUUGUCUCAUGAGAGCCCUGUGAAAAACGAGCAAAGCUGAGCAAAGAUGUAAUAAAACUUAUUCGUACUAACUAAUUUUAUUAAAAAUCCACUAUAAGGGAG